UGCUUUUUUCAAAGCUGCAGUGAGCCUUGUUCCUGAAGUGCCAAAAACGAUCAGUGUAGAUGGGAAGAUGCGACCUUCCGAUGCCUUCCUCCUGGAAUUCCUGUGUAAUUUUUUUUCCACAUUACUAGUUGUUCCGGACCAUCCAGAACAAGGAGUGUUGUUUCUUGUGCGAGGAUUACUAAAUGUGAUCCAGGAUUACACUUGGGAGGAUAACAACGAUGACAAGGUCAGGAUUUAUACUCAUGUUUUGCAUCUGCUGUCUGCAAUGACUCAAGAAGCAUAUAUCUACCAUGUAGAUAAAGUUGAUUCCAAUGAUACCCUGUAUGGUGGAGACUCCAAGUUCCUGGCCGAAAUUAAUAAACUAUGUGAAACAGUGAUAGCACAGAUCCUGGAUCAUCUGAAAAGCCUUGGAAAAGAAGAGACCCUGAAGCGUCAGAGCCAGCUGGCACUCUAUUUCUUUAACACUAUUCUAGCUCAUGGGGAUCUACGAAACAACAAACUAAACCAGCUUUCAGUCAAUCUCUGGAAUCUUGCUCAGAAACAUGGCUUUGCUGACACCAAGACUAUGGUGAAAACGCUAGAAUACAUCAAGCGGCGAAGCAAACAACCUGAAAUGAGCCACUUCGCAGACUUGGCCCUUCGGCUUCCUCUGCAGUCCAGGACCUGAUGAACGCCUCUUUUCCAAGGAGUCACCUGUCCAAGAGCAUGUAGGCGAGGCGAAAAAUCACUGAUCUAGAUUCUGACUGGAGGAGUUCAGUGUAUUUUUAUUUUACUUAGUGUGACAGAUUUACUUGGGACACAGGUAAAAGCAAAACUGUUCUGAGUGCAAUAAUUUAACCUGAAUUUCUGUUUCCAGUUUUACCACUAUAUUCUUAUU